CCGGGUCGGUCAAUUUGACAACAUCAAUGGUGGACAACUAGUCUGUCAGGUGUUGUGGUUGUGCAAAUUUCGAUUUUUCCACCAAAGCCGGUGCGACACGCCUUCAAGUGUCCCAAGAUGUAUCGUCUUGCACUUCGCAGAUCCUCCCAGCUCACCAAGAUCCAAACAAACGACGCGCGAAUCCUCCACGCCAGGCGGCUGUGGAGCAGUCCUCCGGGGGCGCCACGGGAGGCGGGAUUCGGCAAGUUCCUCGUGAUCCUCUCCCCGCUCGCCGCGGCCGGAGGAGUUCUCGCCUACGCCAAGUAUGACGAGGGCUUCCGGAAGUCCCUGGUGGCCACCUUCCCGGCUCUGGAAUCCACCCUGAACACCCUGCUGGACGACAAGGGCAUCUCGAAGACGCUGGAGGACACAAAGUCCUCCGUGUUUGGCCUCUUCGGUGGCAAAGAGGAGCCAAUGAAGAAGGAGAACAUCGUGCCGCCGCCGCUGGUGAGAAAACCGCCGAAACCCACCCAGAGUGACGCCACAAUCCCCGUGCCCGAGCCCACACCGCCGCCCAAAUCCGCAGCCCCGCCCAGAGCCAGUUCCCCGGCGCGUCCGGCGCCUAAGAGCGAAUCCUUCGAGAUCCCGAAGACCGUGCUAGAGCUGGAAGUGGCCGUGGAAGCCGCCGCAGCCACCGCGGCGGCGGAGUACCAGAAGGCGGCCGAGAUCUUCAAGAAGUAUAACGAGGAAGUGCGCAAAGUCGUCGACAGCAUCGUCGAUCACACGGACACCGCGUCGUGGUCGUCAUUGAAGAACAGGACGAGCGCGCGGAAUUCCGCAGUGAGACAGGCUGAAGAGCUCGCCCAGGAGGCGGCAACGAAGCUGGAAACCCUGGAAAAGGCGCUGAAGAACAAUGUUUCCCAGGCUUCAACUGAAGUGUAUUCUAAAGUGAGAGAAACCCAGGAAAAGGCGAGAAAUACGCUGAAUGCCGCCAAGACGGAACUGUUCAAGGCUAGAGAGUUGUCCAACAUGAGUGAAAAGUACUGGAAAAAGGUUGAAGACGCGCGGAAUCACUUCGUGAGUGAAAUGGAAAGUCUCUUCCCGGGAAUCAAUGUGACGGAGAGGCAACUGGAUCUGCCGAAGGAUCAGCUGGAUCUCUUCCUGCUCUACGCGUACUCGCACGUGCUGGCGUAUCAGAAGGAGCUGCAGAAGCUGCACGUUGAGGGCGAAGAGCGACUGAAGCGCGUGCUGAACAGCCUGCAGUCGAACGAUAGGGAGGAGAUGCUGGAGGCCGAGCUGAACUAUCGCCUGGAGAAGGAGCGUCGUGAUAUGGCGCUGGCGAAGCAGAAGGAGCUCUUCGAGAUCCGCCAGGCGGGCGAGCGGAAGAUCCGCGAGGCGCUGAAGCAGCAAGCUCAGGCGCACGUGGACAGUCUGAACGAGACGCUGAAGCUGAAGGAGCAGGAGAUUCGCCGCGUGCUGACGCGCGAGAGUGACGAGAAGCUGCUGAAGGAGAAGACGUCCUAUGCCACGCAAUUGGCGGAAAUGGUGGGCAAAGUGAAGGGAAUGGACGCCACGCUGAAAGAGAUAAGUUUCGAAGUGCGAGCGCGAGCGGAAGCCGAGGAGAAGUCGCAGAAGGCUCGAGGCCUGUGGAGCGCGUGUCAGGCGCUGUGGCUGUGCGUGCGUCAGGGGGAGAACAACUCCUCGUGGCGCGACGGGCUGGUGCCUCUGGAGGGCGCCGUGAGUGCGGUGGACAAGGCGUCGGCGGAGAACGACAAGGUGGUGAAGACGAUCCUGGGCUCGCUGUCCAAGGAGGCGCUCACGCGUGGCGUGUAUCCGGAGGAGGCGCUGCGAGAGCGCUUCCUCAAGGUGGAUCGCCUGGCCAGACGCCUGGCGCUGGUGCCCGAGGACGGAGCGCGUCUACCCAUGUACAUCCUGUCAUACUUGCAGUCCAUGUUCAUCCUCACGCCCGACAAUCCCGUGUCCAAGGAGGAGUUGAAGGAUGAGAUCGUCGACUUUAGCAAAUUGGAUACUUACGACAUACUGAACAGAGCCCGCUAUUGGAUGGAGCGCGGCAACCUGACCCAGACGCUGAGGUACAUGAACCUGCUCCAGGGCGCGCCGCGCAAGGUGGCCAGCGACUGGCUGAAGGAGUGCCGCCUGUAUCUGGAGACGCAGCAGGCGAUCAACACGCUGAUGUCGCACGCCGCCACCACUGGUCUCAUGUACUUGUAGUGAAAUUAUACCUCAAGCUUCUUAAACUCCAUUAGAGAUUUAAUUCCUCCGCCGCCAGAUUUAAUUACACUGUAGUCAAGUUGAAAAUUAAAUGAAACGUCGAAGUUCAUGAUGCGCAGAAUUGCAGCUGGAAGAAGAUUCCUCUCGGGCGUGACGGAGUGAAAGUGCACAGAAAUACAUGAUGAAUUGAAUU